AGGGUGAAAUUUCAACCACAGGAUGAUGUCAUCAUUGUAAACUAAAUUCAGCAUAGCCAAACCUUGUUAUAAAAUAGGUUGAAUUUGUACCUUUGAAACCAUGUCAGAUUUUCAAAAUUAUAUACACUUUCAGAAAAAAACAAUAGGCAGCACCUCAGCCCGGGAUCGAACCCCAUCCAGGGUUUUAACGACACCCAGCCCUGCUUAGCUUUAAUAUGUCACUGACUACUACCAAUAUGCUACUGUGAGAAUUAUUAUUGAGAGAUCUCUUAAUAACAAAAUAUAUUCAGUGUUAAUAUCGAAGUCAUUCUAAGGGGUAGGUUUGACAAAGCAAAUGAGUGAGUCUUUGACAUGAAGACAGUGGUUAGAUUCUGCCAUUGGGACUGCUCUGAUGUUUCCAUUCUCUCCUGGUUAUGACCAUAGAGCCUUGUCCCAGUCUCUAGACCUGCCUGUCUGUGUGGUGGAUGACCACCUGACCUCUGAAGCUGUCAAUGAGAUGGAGCAGAGCAAUUCUACCAGGAGCAGAGCAACCUCAGUGAUGGAAACCACAGAAGAGGGGAAGCUCAACAAUGUAGAACAUCUGACACUUAUGGACUUCCUUCAAAACCUAACUGAGAAGCAAUGGAGGGGGAUUCGUGAGGGCAUGUUUGACCCGCUGACAAAACAACAGCUUGCCGGCUUGUGUCUGAGGAUUGUCCAGUUUUUAUCGGACAAGCUGAUGCAGAUCAUCAUCCCAGGUCUUUACGAACUACUGGGCAUCCAAGAUGCUGCCUCCUCUCCAUUGUCACAGAGAUCUCUCUCAGCGUCACUCACCAGUCUGUUAGACGAUAAGACUAACACCAAGUCCCGCGUGAGAUUUACUGAGGCUGGUGUACCUAAGAGGCCAGGCAGUCGAAAGUCUUACAAUAGCUUUCGCAUCCCGACUCCCUACCCUUCCUCCAACUGUGUGGAGCAGGAAGAGGAAGAAGAGCAGGAAUCACAACUUAAGUUCAAGGAGAUUUACCUGACUAAGGGCUGUCUGGGCAGUGGAAGCUACCUGCCCAAUGGGGCCAUGAGGUAAGUCCCAUGAUGGUAGUGACUGUCCAUUACUGUUUAUGACUUAUCAACCAUCAUUUACUUUCUCAUAUAAAAUAUUUAUUUGAUGACUUUAUUACUUCAUUCCAAGUCAUCAACUCAUCUCUAUAGAGCUGCUGCUUAUCCUGUCUGACAAAAUCACUAUUUUAGUUGUUCUUCUAAGUAAAUAAGACCUACUUUUAUGACCGCUGAACACCAACUGUCAAUCACUUAGAUCAUGUAUUUCCAGGUAGAGAAUCCUCGCAACGCAACUGCUUUUUAUCUCUCUCAUGCAUUCUCUCGUCUCUCCGUCUCAGUCAAUGAGGUUUCCGUAUCUGCUCCACACAGAGUGGACAAGCAAGUGGGCGUGCAAUGGAUUAUGGGAAUUAAUUGCCAUAUUUUCUGUGCUAAACUAUGUAGAAUAUUGGCCUGUUGGAAACUACAACUCCCUACUACAUUGCAUAGUUCGUGCUUGAUCUGAUUUAUCUCUACAGAAACUGAGCAUCGAGCUUACAGAAGAAGAAAAAAAUUAACUAUAUGGAAUUCAAAUAAUUGAGCCGACGUCGGUUAAUUAGUUGUUUAAAAAACGAAAAAUAACAAAAAUGUUGGUUAAAUGCUCAGCUCUAGAUUCUAAUGACAUCAUCAGUGUGCAUCCUGUGAUUUUAACAAAUUAUGAGUAGGAAUUGCCUACUAAUUGGUUGAUGAUGUCAUAGAAAACACUUAUCUUCCUCUUUCUACAAAACAUAGAAAUGCCCAUUUUUCACAUAUGCUGAUGUUGGGGUGGUGCUGGAGAUGAUGAAUAUGAAGUUGAAACAUUUAGAAAUUUCCCUUUAACAUUUCUUCAAACUGCCUUGUAUUUAUGAUUGUCCUUGAAGUUACAGUAUUUGAAGUUUAUAGCAAUUUGGAUUUUUGUGGAGGAUAGAUAUUGCCAGGAUAGAUAUAUAUCUACAGGCCAGUUUCAAUACAAAUGACUUAUGACAAUGGUGCAGAUGUAUUUGACACACUGAAUGUGCAUCACAGCCUAACAUAUUAUUUGUUUGACUUUGAUGAUUUCUGUUGUU